GCCGCCGCCCCAAGCCGAGGAACAAACACUGACUAUGACGAGAAGCGAGAUGCAGAGAAUGAUCGCGGAGGCAGUAGUGGCCCAACUCAAACAAACGCAAGUCGAACAAGCAAGGGUCGAGCGGCCCAGGAUCGAACAAGCAAGGGUCGAGCAGCCCCAAAAUGAACAACCACCCCCGGAGCGCGGACAGCAAGCGCAGUCGCAGGAGAGGCAUAAUAGGAGAGCCGAUGAAGAGGAUUCCUCUGUCAGGACUAUCAAUCCACAGGUGAGGAACGACACCCUGGAGCAGUUGUUAGCACAGGUGCGAGAUUUGCAGGCUAGAGUAGAGGGGAGAAAAACAGGAAGCUCGAGGGGACACCCUUUUUCACAGCAUAUUCUAGACGCUGACCUGCCUCAGGG